AUAAAAAUGAACAUCAGAAGAAUAGCUGGCAUCAGAGAGGAGGCUAUGAGCACACUUCCCAAGUUGGAACACUCUUCAUUCCUCCCAAAGAUUCAAAAUCACAGAAAUGCAUUUGGAUGGAGAAAACAAAGUCACGAGAAGGUUGAGACUUUCAACUCUAUAUUUCGUAGAAGAAAUUUGGAAUCGAGAGAUAGCCAAUGUAAAAAUGAAAAGGGACCGAAUAUGAUUGGAAAGUUGCUACCGCAGUUAAAUCUAACAGAAUUCAAAGAAAUGAAUACACUAGUUAGCCCUAUAUUUAUCUCCUCAAGGAGGGAUAUAGCGAAGCGAGAGGAAGCCAACCUCUCACCUAUAGAAUUAUUUCAACCUCCUAAGUCUACUAUUCAAGAUUUUAAGCAAUCUCUUAUGUUUGACAGGAAGGCUAUGAAGAAAUAAAUUGCUAAUCAAGAAGAUAAGGAAGAACAUAAUCAAGCGCAAGGAAAGUAACUAACCAGCCAGAAUUAAAACCUGAGGACAUGCUCCAGCAUUUCAUGACUAUCUCUAUUAAGGGUAGAGAAGAGCUCAGGAACUCAAAUCUGAAUAGUAAAGAAGAAAAUAGGUCACGCUCUUUUUUGAAGAAGAGCCAUAUGUCUACUCUUGUCAGUAAACCCAGGGUUGUAGCAGGUAAUUCGACUAAGAGACAAGUUAAAGGGCGACAACAAAACCAUGAGAAGACUAAAAUUAGAACCAGAAGAACUGAUAAGAACAAUGAUCUCCUCUGUGUUUGAGAUGCCGAUCAGGACCAUAUCAAUAAAGAAAUUAGGUCUGAUAAAAGUUUGCUUCGUGAACAGAAACAUAUCACCUCAAGGCAGUCUCGUAAUCAUGAUCUGUCAUUUGAUUCCUAUAAUUUUGGGAAUAUGAAGGCUUGAACAAAAUUAUAAAAGGUAUAGUA